CAAUAUCACAGUUGAGGGGAAACACGGGGCAGAUCCACGGUUUGCCUCCGAAACCUGCAUUCUGGGCAAGUUUUGGAAGGUCUACUGAAAUAUUGAGCAUUCUGUUUGACACGCUUGAAUCCCACAAUCCCUAGUCACCUCCUCUGCUGUGAAAAUGGGGAAACGGCGGAAGCAAAGGCAAAGGAAAAGGAAAGCAGCAGUUGAUAGGGCCGUUAUCAGCAGGCUGCCGGAUGAAAUCCUGUGCAACAUCCUCUCAUUCCUUCCAACCAGAACGUCCGUGGCCACCAGCGUCCUCUCUCGCAGGUGGCGCUACCUCUGGAAGAAAGUCCAAGCCUUGGACCUCAGCGAUGAUUUCUUUUACACCCCUGAACUUUCACGUGAAGAAGCACAAGAGCGCUUUCUUAUUUUUCUCAAAGUGUUUGAGCCGCUUCUGCUCCCGCUCCCCAUGCGUAAGUUCCGCCUCUCUUGCCCGGUGGGUCAAUUUGGGUAUACAGACCUUAUUGGUUGGAUUGAGCACGUCAUCGGCAGGGUUAGUGAACUCUAUUUCUCUGUGAGGACCGAUGGGCAGACUUAUGAAUUGUAUUUUCGCAAUUUGCAUAGCACUUCGCUCGUGUCGCUCGUUUUGGACGGUAAUAUUAUGAUUGUUGUGGAUUUUGUUCCCACUCCCAGUGAAAGUAUUUUCCCAUCCCUCAAGAACCUAGAGCUGCAUGUCAUUUUCAACUAUGUGGACCUCGAUUUGCUUCUAUCUGGUUGCCCAGCUCUUGAAACUCUUAGGAUCACUUUAACUGAUUUCCGUCUUGAAGCAUUCCACAUGCCUAGUACCUUGAAGAGUUUAACCUUUGAGGAACAAUAUUCAGAUUCCGAAGAUGUGACACUUGAGCUUCUUGAGGUAAACACUCCAUCUCUUGAAUACCUACGUCUCACAUUACGAGGUUGUUACGCAGAGAUUUUGGUUUGUGAUUAUCCCAACAUAAAAAGAGCAUCUCUAGAUAUUUCUCGUAAAUCUGGGAAUAUUGCUUGGGUUCCUAAGCUCCUCCGGGCACUUUGCAAAACAAAAUUCUUGUGGCUGCAAGUUUCAACAAUCGAGUGUUUGAUUUGUGCGCCAGUACUAGACCUUCCCAACUUUUGCAAUUUGAUUCAGCUGCAACUCGAUUUUCAUAUUUUCCAGAGUAGUCUUCUAAUAGACUUGCUUCACAGUUGUCCUAAGCUUCAAGCUCUAAAAAUUUAUAUAUCUCAGUUCGUGGAUUCUAUUUUGAGCGGAUCUUACCUAAAAUCCCGCAAUGGUUGGACACAGCCACUUAGCAUUCCUCACUGUAUUGUAUCGCAUUUGAACACCGUUGAACAUCGAGGAUAUCUAAACAGUCCAGAGGAGCAUGAAUUUACCGCUUAUAUUUUACAAAGAGGACUUGUUUUAAAGACAAUGACAAUUCAUACUAAAUAUAAUCUUGACUCAAAAUGUGAAAUUUACGAGGCGUUAUCUGAAAUACAAAGGGGCUCUAGCAUGUGCCGACUUGAAGUAAACUAACUGAUCAGCAUUCACCUGUGAUGAAAUUAGAUAUGACACAAGGAAAGGCAUUAGCAACAGAUGAUGAUGAUUAACACAGAAAUGUCACAAAGUGAAGAUGAAGAGAUCAACAUGGCAGCUUGGAUUCUUGGUGUUAAAAAUCUAUCAAUUCAACCAUAUCCACUUCCUUCUUUAGGUCCCCAUGAUGUUACAAUUAGAAUUAAAGCUGUUGAUAUUUGUGGAAGUGAUGUUCACUACUAUAAGACUAUGGGAUGUGCAAAUUUUAUUGCCAACAAGCCUAUGGUACUGGGGCAUGAAUGUGCUGGAAUCGUUCAAGAACUUGGCACUCAAGUCCAAUCUCUUGCAGUAGGGGACAGGGUAGCCUUAGAGCCUGGAAUCAGUUGCCAAACAUGCAAUUUCUGCAAAGGUUUAGCUGGUGACCAUCUGCAAAUAAAAGACUCGGUAAUGGAUGUUGAGUUAUCAGAGAAAAGUAAAUCUCAGCUACCAUGUGCUUCAGUUUCAACCAAACAUAGUGGAAAAGAAAAUAAUGUGGAUAUGAUGUCUCCUUCACAUCCAGUGGGAUCAAUUUCUGGUGCGAAAAAUGGUCACACCAAAGACAACGAUUAUGGCCUUGCUGGUGAGAAAUGGUUUUUUUUAUAGUUUUCUAGGUAGUUUUGUUAAUAAUCCUAUAGCAUAUGUUAUUGGACCUAUAAAAGUAAUAAAAAGUUAAGGACAUCUCUUUCAUUUUUUUAUUUCCAUGAACGGGUGGCUACAGAUAACCCAUGUAUGUACAUACCAAAAGCAAUGGAUUACUUUCAUAAUUUUAUUUUCAAUCAAUUUCAAUUAAGCAGCAAGUCAUGUAGCUUCUAUUGAGAUGCUGAUAAGUUAUGUUGAAUGUGAAGGUCAUGGUUUUAUUGAAUGAAUAAAUUUUCUGUGUUGAUGCCAUUUUAAAUUUUUCUUCUAUUCUCUU